CCCACCAUAGCGACAAUGCGCCGCCAUCGCACUAGAUUCUCUCUUAUUAUUCUAAGAUCGUCUGCAACCCUGCAUGCCUCUGGUGCGAUUUAAUAUACGGGACUCUGCGCCACUGCAAAAACUACGAUAACAGCUGCGCCCGCCCACCUGCUCCCUCUCCAAGUUGCCCCACUGCGAACCCUUUCGAAAGGGCGAUUACGCAAGUUUCAUACUCACAUACUCACAAUGAAUGCGCAAAAUGUAUCGAGCGCCUCUGCUCCUUCAGGCGACAGGUUAAAGCUUGUGAACAGAUUAAACGAGAGCCGCAGUCCGUAUGUGCGCGGACACAUGAACAACCCGGUCGCAUGGCAGAUCUGGGGACCAGAAGCUCUCGAGCUGGCGAAGAAAUCGAACAAGUUGAUUUUCAUCAGCAUAGGUUAUGCGGCCUGCCACUGGUGUCACGUCAUGGAGCGCGAAUCGUUUGAGAAUCAAGAGGUCGCGAAUCUGCUCAACGAGAACUUCAUACCGAUCAAGAUUGAUCGCGAAGAGCGUCCAGACAUAGAUCGCAUUUACAUGAACUAUGUUCAAGCAACAACAGGGUCGGGUGGAUGGCCGUUGAACGCGUUCAUCACACCAGAUUUGGAGCCAAUAUUUGGAGGCACGUACUGGCCAGGUCCAGGAUCGACCAUGGCUAUGGGGGACCAUAUUGGGUUUGUUGGGAUACUGGAGAAGCUGCGAGAUGUAUGGAAGAAUGAGCGACAGAGGUGUCUUGAAUCGGCAAAGGAGAUCACUGCGCAACUCCGAGACUUCGCAGAGGACGGCAAUAUUAGCAGAAAGGACGGCGCAGACCACGACGGCCUCGAGCUAGAACUGCUGGACGAGGCUUUUGAGCACUUCAAGAACAAGUACGACACCAAAUACGCAGGCUUUGGUGGCGCGCCCAAGUUUCCCACACCUUCCAACCUCGCCUUCCUCCUCAAGCUGUCCCAAUACCCAAGUGCAGUUGCCGAUGUCAUUGGCGCGAAAGACUGCACACACGCGAAAGACAUGGUUCUGGCAACGUUGGACGCGAUGCACAAGGGCGGCAUACAUGAUCAGAUAGGCAGAGGGUUUUCCCGGUACUCGGUCACCCAGGACUGGAGCCUUCCCCACUUCGAAAAGAUGCUCUACGACCAGACACAACUUUUGCCUGUAUACCUUGAUGCCUACCUCACAACAAAAAACCCCGAGUUUCUCUCCGCUAUCCACGACAUCGCGACAUACCUUAUCAGCCCGCCAAUGCAUGCCGAAAAUGGUGGGUUCUAUUCGUCGGAAGAUGCAGACUCGCUGUAUCGACCCACAGAUAAGGAGAAACGAGAGGGCGCCUUCUAUGUGUGGACAUUGAGAGAGUUCCACGACAUACUAGGGGAUCGAGACGCUGAAAUCCUUGCGCGAUAUUACAAUGUUUUCGAUGAAGGCAAUGUGGCCCCUGCACACGAUGCACACGAUGAACUGAUCGACCAGAAUGUAUUAGCAGUUACCACUACCAUACCGGAUUUGGCGAAACAAUUUGCCCUUUCUGAACAGGAAGUCGGAACGAUCCUCUCUGGAGGCCGGCGCAAGCUGCUCGAGCACAGGAACAAGGAGCGACCACGGCCAGCUUUGGACGACAAGAUAGUCGUAUCAUGGAACGGCCUUGCCAUUGGCGCUUUGGCUCGGACAGCCGCUUCUCUCUCAUUACAAGACCCAACACAGUCGAAAGCAUACCUCACCGCAGCUGAACAAGCUGCUUCUUUUAUCAACAAAGAACUGUACAACUCGCAGACAAAAACACUGACACGCGUCUACCGCGAAGGUCCUGGCGACGCGCCUGGUUUUGCUGACGACUACGCUUACCUGAUUUCCGGUCUUAUCGACAUAUACGGAGCCACCUUCAACGAGUCCUUUCUCCAAUGGGCCGACGACCUGCAACAAACACAGAUUAAGCUCUUCUGGGACAAAGAGCACCUCGGCUUCUUCUCCACACCUGAAGACCAGAAAGAUCUCAUUAUGCGGUUGAAAGAUGGCAUGGACAAUGCGGAACCUGGUACAAAUGGCGUUUCAGCACGGAAUCUAGAUCGCCUGGGUGCACUAUUGGAGGAUGAAGAGUAUGUGAAGAAAGCCAGGGAAACGGCCAGUGCGUUUGAAGCGGAGAUCAUGCAGCACCCGUUUCUGUUCCCGAGUAUGAUGGAUGCUGUUGUUGUUGGGAGACUCGGGAUGAGACAUGUUGUUCUUACUGGGGAAGGAAAGAAGGUGGAGGAGUGGCUGAGGAGGUAUCGGGAGAGGCCGGCGGGUUUGGGGACAAUUAGUAGAGUCGGCAAAGGUGAGGGUGGGUGGCUAAAGCAGAGGAAUCCGUUGGUGAGGAGCAUGGAUGCCGGACGGGAGGGUGUCAUGGUUUGUGAAGGUGGGUCGUGCAGGGACGGGUUGGAGCUGGAUAUGGGGAGUGUCGGGCAGGUCGUUGCUCAGAUUUAAGGAUCUAAGGUUUAGAGACAGAUAAUUGUAGAGCAGAGGCGGGAUGUACUUUUGAGAUGCUUCCACCUGGACAAAAGAAAGUAAAACAUGUCUUGUAUGUAUUAAACGGUUGUAUGUUAUCCAAUAGCUGUCACGAC